UUCGGCAAUAAAUUGAUACCAUUCUCUACCUUAUUGUUUUAUGAUUCGGCAUCUCUUAUGGUAAUCAUUAAUACUGAAAUAUUCUGAUAACCAAUUCAUAUAAAAACUACCCGAAAAACAUACAGAAGCAUAGUCAUUUUUGUGACUCAAAGCUAACAGCAAAAUCCAAGAUGAAGUUCCUCAUUGCCUUCGCUUUGAUCGCCGUGGCCUCGGCCGCCAUCAUCAGGCCCGCUCCCAUCGAGGCGGAGAUUGCUGAGCUCCAGCAGAUCAUCGCUGCCAUCCAGAGCCCCAACACCGACCCCGCCACCGCCGCCGCCCUCGAGGCCAUGCUCCUGGAGUCCCUUGCUCUGCCCGCCGGUGCCCAGCCCGUCGUUGGACCCACCUUCGUCGACUUCCCCACCCCCGAUGGUGGCGCCGUCAGCGAGGCCGUCUCCGCUUCGUCUGCGUCCGACAACAAGACUCCCCUUGUUCAGAUCAUCCUGAACAUCCAGAAGCCCGAGGACGUCGCUCUUGAGAGCCCUGUUGCCACCCCCGUCUCCCCUCUGCCCACCCCCGCCUCCCCUCUGCCCACCCCCGCCCCCGUGCCCGGUGUUGUUCUGCCUGCCCCCACUCCCAUCACCGUUGUUGAGGCCGCCCCCUCUCCUAUCACCGUUGUAGAGGCCGCCCCCUCUCCCAUCACCGUUGUUGAGGCUGCUCCCUCUCCCAUCACUGUUGUAGAGGCCGCCCCCUCUCCCAUCACCGUUGUUGAGGCCGCCCCCUCUCCCAUCACCGUUGUUGAGGCUGCUCCCUCUCCCAUCACUGUUGUAGAGGCCGCCCCCUCUCCCAUCACCGUUGUUGAGGCCGCCCCCUCUCCCAUCACCGUUGUUGAGGCUGCUCCCUCUCCCAUCACUGUUGUAGAGGCCGCCCCCUCUCCCAUCACCGUUGUUGAGGCCGCCCCCUCUCCCAUCACCGUUGUUGAGGCUGCUCCCUCUCCCAUCACUGUUGUAGAGGCCGCCCCCUCUCCCAUCACCGUUGUUGAGGCCGCCCCCUCUCCCAUCACCGUUGUAGAGGCCGCCCCCUCUCCCAUCACCGUGGUCGAGGCUGCCCCCUCUCCCAUCACCGUGGUCGAGGCUGCCCCCUCUCCCAUCACCGUGGUCGAGGCUGCCCCCUCUCCCAUCACCGUGGUCGAGGCUGCUCCCUCUCCCAUCACCGUGGUCGAGGCUGCUCCCUCUCCCAUCACCGUGGUCGAGGCUGCCCCCCUCCCCAUCACCGUGGUCGAGGCUGCCCCCCUCCCCAUCACCGUUGUUGAGGGCGUCGCCGCCGCCCCCACCCGCCCCAUGCCCAUCCCUGCCGGAGCUGUGGCUGUGGCUCUCCCUGAAUACCUGAACUAAGUUUAAGAACUGAAAACUUUGUUUCAUUAUGAAUCAGUGAAGUGUGAUAAUAAAAUUGAAUAAAAAAUAUUCUUACAGAA